AUGGAGGCAGCAACAAAGCAAGAGAAAAGCAAACUAYACCAGCCACACAUCAACCAGGCCCACCUCUUGACGCCUGAGUCUCCRCUGUUGGACAGUUUUUCGCAGACCGUCCCAAUCUCACAACAAGCACAGGCAUCCGUGCCAUCGCCGCCAGCAUCACCGCAGUUCGACCAUCGAUUCCAGAAAGACUACGACCAGCAACUUUACCCAGACAGCGGCAGUCAGAACGAUACAACUCUUCCCCCUCUCUUCAACGAGAACGGACAGAACAUAUGGGCUGGUCGUCAGCAGACACCGCCAACGGAGAGGGCAUUGUCGAUUGCAACCCCCCCUUCUGCCCACACCAGCCCGAUUGCCAACGACGUACAGACAUCCCGUCCUACUGAGCAGAGUCCGGCUCCAAAGCGGUUUGUGAAUCCCGUCGGAGCGGUACAACUAUACAAUCACUACGGCAAUGAAUACUACCAAUUCAUGCUCGCACAAAUGGAAGACCACAGAGCACGACGGACAUUGCCCGCCCCGAAAGCACCACAAGGCGUAGACCGGGACUCUUAUGACAAGACGGUUCUUCGCUCGCUUGGUAGUCACCGAGUGGAGAAGCACAGACCAACCACUCGCACUGCUCCCAAGCCCAAAGCCGUCCGACCCACAUCGUCCCGAGGAGUUGUUGCACCCAAGUCUCCCGUUAUUGUUGAGCAAGUUCGGCCAGUCUCUGUCAAGAGGGAACGCACACCCGCCAGACGAAAUAUCAGAAGAACAACGACCCCGGACGCAACAGGCGGUGCAAUGUCUGCAGCUUCCAAACGCACACGAGCGGCACCCACCAAGAAGCUAGACGGCAAAGUCCCUGCCCAAUGGGCCGAGCUCGAGGACUUUAGCCCACCCAUUUCCACUCUCGACAACGAUGGGGUCGAGCUGUCCGUCGUCUGGAACAAUGCCAGUGCGUUGAACCUUGACAACGAUCCCGACAGAGCACAUCUUCACCCACAAGAGCUGAAGAUUGCUUCCAAGCUACGGCUUCACUGCAACGAAUACCUYCUCAAUAAACGACGAAUCUUCGCCGCGAAGCUCCGGUCUCUGCAGACCAACACUCCGGUCUUCAACAAGACAUCGGCACAAAACUCUACGAGUGUUGACGUCAACAAGGCGAGCCGUCUUUGGUCAGCAUUUGAGGGAGCAGGCUGGUUCGAUCCCGUCUGGUUUGAGAAGUGGAUGUGA